AUGGUAGAAAUCAACGAAAUUGAAUUUAUUGAAGAACCGGAGUACUUCAAACUCCAACAUGGGUCUUGCUUCUGCAUGGUGGAGGAGGAAAAGAAACGAAAUGAAAAAUUCUCCAGCGAGGAAAAAAAACUUGCGAACAGCAAUUUCACCAUAAGCAAUGCGACGCAGAAGGGGAUCUACAUUUUUAAUAAAAAGUUAAACGUUUUUUCCCUGUCUGACUUUCUGUACAAAAUUGACAAUGAAAACAGCAAGGACAGCAGUGACAAAAUAAACAUAAAAUCACAGCCCUUUGAGGAACAUGUCCUUUUAAUUGAAAACAACAAAACGGACACGCAGGCUUUUUUGUGCACGGACCAGCAGAAUAUUUACGUGUUUGACUAUGGCAGCGAGAAGGUGAAGCUCCACUGCCGGGUGGACGUACCAGUGCGAGGGCUCAAGUAUAUAGAUGACCACCUGUUCCUAAUUCUGAGCGCCGAUGAACGAGUGCACCUCAUGAAGAACAAGAAACUGUACGAGUGCCAGGAGUGGACAGACCAAGUGAACAACAUCGAUGAGAAAAACGGAGUGUUCCUCUUCACGUACUCGAAUAAAGAAGUGUUCAUUUUGAAGGAUUCCCAAAAAAGUAACACAUACGACUUGAGUAGUAUAAGUAAAGAAAUUGACAUUUGCCAUGAGAAGUGUAAUAUAAUGUGCGCAAAAAUUUUAGAAGCCCAAAAAAAUAUGAGGACAAUUUUUCUUAUGGUUUUGUACAAGUACGAGGAGGAUCUGACGACCAUUAUGUAUGACCUGCAGAUAGAACAGGACAAAAUAAAGAAAGUCACAUACUCCAUUAAUGAUUUUGAUUUCCAAAAUUAUGAAAAGAAUUUUGUGAAAUGUAUUUACAUAAGCGAGUGGCAGACGAUUGUAGCCAUUUCCUCCGAGUCGUGUGAGGCGGUCGUUUAUACAAGAAAUGGGAACAUUACAUCUGGGGGAAGCGUUGCUCAUUCAAACGCUACAGAAUGGGACAGGUCUAGUGGAUUAAAAUUCUUGAGCGUAAUGGAAGGAUACAAAAUAAACACGCGAGACUCGGAAACAUUUUUUCUUUCCCUAUUCAUGUAUACAAAAUACGAAGACAAAAUUUAUAGGAAGAGUAAAAUAGGGAAUGUUCCAUUUUUGAAAAAUCCCUGCGUUUUUUUUGCCCUCCAAGAUAACCACAAAAUUGUGGUGGAGUAUUUGGACAAGUACAAGUUGGUGGACAACACUGAUUUUUCUACCAACGCUGUGGUGGAGGGAGAUGCAAAUGAAUGCGGAAUGAAGGAAGUGACUGUCCUGCCAGAUUUGAAACAGGACGUGAUAGAAGUGUAUGAAGCGGUCUCUUCCAAUUUGUUUAAUAUAUUCAAAGUCAAGGAGGAGAAAGUCACCCAGAAUAGAAUGGAUCCAACGAAAAGUAACGAAGUGGUUGUGGAAAAUAAAAAGGAAGGCUUCUUUGACCUUUUCCGAAGUAGUAAGGUUAAGUUCAGUGAGGGGAAAGGGGUCGAUGAUAGUUUGAAAAGUACCGACAAGGAAGUACCCCCAGGGAAGGAAGACACAUGUGUCGUGGACAAACAACGUGGCGUAAAUAUGGAGAUGUAUACACCUUUUAAAGCAUCCCCUGUGUUCAAGGACCCCCCUCCAGAUGAGAUGCAGCGAAAGAAUCAAAUUGUUAAAGAACGGAAUCAUCUGUACAGAUGCAUUCGAAGAAGCGCAAAAGUGUACGAAGAUGAAAGUUACAUUGUGAACGAGUUAUCUGAUGGGUUCAACAAGUUAAUAAAAAGUGGGAUUUAUUUUUGUGAAGAAUUUUUGAAUCAUUUAAAUGUACGUUCUAUAGAGAAAAGGAAAGGACCCAAAGUGGGUUCAAGGAAAAAGGAGUGCUAUUAUGACAAGGGGGUGGACAAAAUUGUGUUCUUACGUGAUAGUGUUAUCGGGGAGGAUGUAGAAGACAUAAGGGAAGAAGACGAUGAGGACGAGAAGAAGAAGAAAAAAAAAAUAACAAGAAGGAACAACAAAAAUGAAUUUCAUCAUCAUUUCCAUUGUGAAGAUUUUGACUUUUACAAACAUAAGAAAUUAUCCGACCGUCAGUGUGAACGGAUAAUAAAAAAAAUUGAGCGUAGGCAAGGUUUUCUGAGGGGCAUAAAAGAAAUUUUUUUUAGUGAAGAAGAAGGCACAAAUGAUAAAGCGCAGCGAAAGGACAAAGCGGAGAAGACGGCGGUUCCCUCUCACAAGGACGAACGAACGAAAGAUCCAUUUAAUAGGGACAUUCAACUUCAUAUUUCAAAUGAAGAAAGGAGCAAAUUUUAUGAACACUUAGAUUCGUACUUUUCCAAAAGGAAACUGCUAAAAGUGAGGAAGGAAAUUUUCAAUGACUUAAAAAAUGACAAACUUGGCAGGGGACAGAUAUUCGAAACGGUCCUCUACAACAUAUUCAAGCAAGGUGGAAUGAAACAUUGUGAAGCGUUUAUUUAUUUUUUAUUAAAAAAUUUGGAGGUCAAAAUAUUCUCCAGUUCUUUUUUUUUACUCGAGUUGUAUUUUGUACAUCUCCUCUCUCCGUACUUUAAUCAUAAUAAGACAAAUGUUCGUCCAUCCUAUGGGCUGAAAAGUGCACCAAGCAUAAAGCUGUCUUCGUUAAAAGACCUAUUAGGUGCCCCUUUUAGUGGAGGCAACCGGACCACUGCUCACCCCAGUUAUGAGGAAAAGCACCCCCCUCCCCUGGACAGCGACUACAGCACACAUGACGUAUCAGAAGAUGAUCUAUUAAAGAAAAUAAAAAGUGAGAAAGAUUUUGUGAAAAAGAAUGAGUACUUUUCAAAAGUGAUUCCCUUGUUUAAUGAACCCACCAGCAGGGAAAGCGAAUCCGCUUCGUUCCAUUUGAUGCACGCUGGUAUCCACUUUGCCAACAAGAGGAUGUGCAACACCCUUUCUCAGAAGCUCUUCCCGAUUCUUGUGGAUAGUAGCUUGAACAAGAUGGACGACGAGUUAGGGUUAAUCAAGAACUACCUCUUCGAUGUGGUUUUGAGUAGCAGCUAG